UUAAAAAUUUUCUUGAACAUUGUUUGUUCUUUUGUUUUGACGUUCAGAAUCAACAUGAAGGUGUAAACAAAUAUUGUAAUUUGGUGUAAAGUAUUUAUUGAGAAUAAAGUACUAUCAGAAAUGGAUCAAACUUGUGAAAGCACAAGCCUACUUGAUGUGCUUUGGGAAGAUGUGUUAUUUAAAUAUGUUUUUCCGUACCUUUCCAUAAAAGACUGUUUUAACUUGAGGCGCGUGUCGAAAAGUUUUGAAGCGUUAAUGAAUACGUAUUUCUUGACAAUAAAACAUGUGGAUUUAUCUCAACACAGGGAUGUUAAAGAAGAUGAAUUUAACGCGCUGAUUUGCCACUGCCACAACAUACAGCACCUGAACCUGAGCGGCCUGGGCUUUAUGCCCAGCAGGUCUCUGGAGCCAUUGCUGCGGAACAAUGCCAAUCUCACAUAUCUCAACCUGAGUGGCUGCGUCAACCUCACUCCCAACUGCUUGCAGUCUGUGAUUCUAAAAUGCAAGAACUUGAAGAUCCUGAAGCUGCGCAACUGCUCGUGGCUGACUGGGGGCUGCCUGGUGACGCUGGCGUUCCACAUCGGCAGCCUGACCGAGGUGGACCUCGCUCACUGCUCCUUCCUGGAGGCGGACAGCCUGUCGCUCUUCACGUUCCACUCCAAGAGGUUGCAGAGCCUGUCGCUGUCGGGCAUCUUCUCCGUGACGGACUCGCUUCUCUACAACAUCGCGCACUACUGCAAGCUGCUAGAGCUGUUGGACGUCAGCAACUGCCCCAACAUCACGGACAGCAGCAUCAGGUGGCUGGACCGUGAAUGCAGGCACCUGAAGCUGGUCAACAUCCGAGGAUGUCUGCUGGAUAACCAGGCAGUUCACGAGCUCAGAAGCAGCAUACACUUCAAGCUUUUCUGGACUUGAGGCGUGUCCCUUGUCAGAGCAUCGUCACCAGUGGAGUGUGUCCUUGUAUCAUUCCCUUGUCCUGUGAAGCUGAGAUGGUGAGUUUUAAAACUUUGUUUGUGUACAUUCAUAGGUAGGUAAGGAGGCCACCUGCAGUGAAUAUUGUUUAGUUUGUGCCUGGCAACUUUUACAUUUUCCACCCCCACAAAACGUACAAAAA